AAUUCCAGAAGGAUGUUGAGAUGAUAGUUCCUUCGCUUCGAGAAGCCAUCACAUCAACAUCUUACGUGUCACCAGCGGUGUCGCCGGCAAGUGACCAGCCGACCACCGCAGCGUUCAAGCCGAGCCUGUUUUUCUCCCUGUUGUCGUUCUCCAGAUCUCGAAUCUGGCCUGUCCAUGGCCGAAAUCGUCGGCGCUGGUCCAUCCAUGGUCGAAGGCGUUCAGGUGUCCAUGGCCGUCGGGAUCUCGAUUUUUGCCCGUCCAUGGCCAAAUCUGAAGGCGGCUUCAGAUCCGAAAGCCAUGCCUUCGGCGCUGGUCCAUCCAUGGUCGAAGGCGUUCAGGCGUCCAUGGCCGCAGGGAUCUCGAUUUUUGCCCGUCCAUGGCCAAAUCUGAAGGCGGCUUCAGAUCCGAAAGCCAUGCCUUCAGUGCCACAUUGGCUGUCGAAGAAAACACCACUUCAGUUCAAAUCUGAAGCCAAGGGAGCGGAAGCCAUCCUUUCUUCCCGAGCAUGACGUAACCAGUCCAGAUCUGAAGCCCUGCUGACGACCCAGGCGCAGUUCAUGGCCGUCUGGACCUCGAGCUCGCCAUCAAGGCUCCCGGCCAUGGACAAGCCUCGGGAGCCAUGGACGAGCUAAGCUUGCGGAUCUGGAGGCACGACUCCAGUCCAGAUCUGAAUGGGCAAGGACUGAGCCGACCGCGAGCAUGACGAUGGGGUAGCUUGGGCCGACUGCAAGUGAUGCCGGGAGUGGUGGAUAUGCUGGCCGAACGGGGUGAUGCUCUGUGAUGGCAGAGGAAGCGCCGGCGGCCAUGGAGGACAGGCAGAUCAGCGGAGUCUUGCAGAUGGAAACUGGAGAAGGAUGGAAAUCCGGGGUGCUGUUGCUCUUCUUCCUCGGAGGACUUACUGUCGUUGCUUCAGGGAGCUCAACGCUGGUCUAUAGAAAUGCUUGCCCAGUACAAGUAUUUCCAUCUCUGAUUCCGACUGGUGAUUGUGUUGAAAUUAACAAAAGCACCAGUCUCGGUGCAGUUGCUCCAUAUAGACAACUGCGAGUUCCUUUGCCGGAUGAUUGGUUCGGCUUUGGCUUUAUCAGGACUGGGUGCAUCUCGACUGGAAUGGGCUUUCACAAUUGCACCACUGCUAAUUGUGAAGGAAGAGAUUGUACCGCACAGGACCUUGUGGUCGCCACGAUUUUCAGCAUUUCCAGUGACGGUUACAUCAUAUCCGUAGAAAGGGGGUACAAUGUUGGACUUGCUAUGGAGUUCAUGUGUAAUGGCUGCAGCGGCUGCCCCUCCGCAACCUGCAAAGCCCAGUUGGGCAGCUGCCCAAAUAAUCUGAGGGUGUUCAACAGUUCAGGAGCUGUGGCUGCAUGCAUGCCAUCACCUGGUAGGGAGCUGCAUUUCUCUCAGGAUGAAUGCAUUUUCCCAGGUGAUUACACUACUUCCAGGCUGAGGAUCCCUUGUCGAGAGAAGAAUCUUGUUAUAAUGAUUAAAAUAUCAUGCUGAUGUAUUUUAAGCACGCCAACAGUUAAAACCAGGCUCCUUGUUAGUCCUUGAAUUGUCUAUGCUCUCAAAGGCGAACCUUUUGUUAGUAGUCUUUUCUUAACCCAGUGGAUACCUCCACUA